UCCCUCUAUUUCUCCCCGGCUUUGGAGACGAAGAGGAGGAGGAGGAGGGACAGAUUUCCCCCUUUCCUGCUUCCUGAUCAGAGACACUCUAAGUAAGGGUUAAAAGCAAAGAGCAGACUCCUAGAGAGGGGCCUAAGGGGGAGAUCCGGCUCUGCUGCCUUCCUGCAUGGAAAGACUCUUUUCGGUCUGCAACCCUCCAAAGAUCUUAUGAUGUACCACCACCCACCCAUCCCUCGCCCGGAUCUGUUAGGCGCAAAGUGCGUUUGGUGGAAGGAGAUACAAGCCAGGAAAGGUGGGGGAAGAGAUAGAUAACCAGGCAGGGCAUGGAGGCAGCGAAGCGGGGAGGUGGCAGCAGCGGGGGUGGGUGGAUGUGGGGCUCGCCCUCCCACCCAGGAGAUCCUUCCCAGCAGGUCCCAUUUGGGGCAGAGUCUGUCUUCUUUCCUGCAAAACCGGCAGCCUGUUUCUCCGGGCAGAUCUCGGUCUCCGUUAAAUGGGGAUGCAUCGACGUUUGGGAGAAAGAAAGAGAAGGUCUGGCUGGGGGCUUCAAGGGGAGGAAGAGGUUAGCGUAGACACCGCUCUCGUGCCAUUAGGGGGCAGAGUGUUGCCCUGGGAAAGGCCUGUGAGGAAGGAGUCGCAGCUUGCUGGUGGAGGGCUCUGUAGCAGGGGAAGGUAUUGGACUGUGCCUGUGAAGUGGAGAACCCACCCACCCAGCCCCAUGGUUUCUCCAUUCGCAGGCUUCUUAGUUUUCUUGGCUUCUCACCCAUGAUUUCACAACCAAUAAUUUUUUCACUCAAUCCUAUUCUCUGUUAAUUUUCUAGGACCAGCUCUCUGAGUUACACAUUUAAUUUAACUGAGACAGCGGGGAAGUAACUUGCUUUGGGAGCAAGAGGUUGCCGGUUUGAAUCCCCGCUGGUAUGUUUCCCAGACUAUGGGAAACACCGGUAUCGGGCAGCAGCGAUAUAGGAAGAUGCUGAAAGGCAUCAUCUCAUACUGCGUGGGAGAUGGCAAUGGUCAACCCCUCCUGUAUUCUACCAAAGACAACCACAUGGCUCUUUAGUCACCAGGAGUCGACACCAACUCGACGGCACAACUUUACCUUUAUACUGCCUGAUAUAAACAUCUCUAGGCGGUAUACAAUCACGGGGCUCUGUGGUCGCCAGGAGUUGACAUUGACUGGACAUAGGGUUGCCGACAUUUCAUUGCAAGAAUGAGGGACACAAGUUUGGGAGGGCUGGCUGGGCAGGGAGGUGAGGUGUAUGCAGUGCUAAUCAAGAGCCAGAGUAGCAUUGAUGUAUCUGUAAUUGAAUUAUAUGCUAUUGAAUAAAUGAGGGACAAAUGCUGUCCCUAUAGGGACCAACAUUUCAUCCCUGAAAUGAGGGACAUCCUGCGUAAUGAGCGACAGUUGGCAACCCUAACUGGACGGCACACUAUACUUUCCUUUUUGGUGGUGUGAACAUUUGAACUCAGGAAGCUGCCAUAGACUGAGACAGCUUCUUAGGGUCCAUCUUAGCUUGUAUUACUUAUUCCCAACAGCUCUCCAGCAUCUCGGGAAGGGAAAUAAAGGCCUUUGCCAGCCCUCCCUUUAAGAUCUUUGUGUGACUGAUGAUGCCAGAGAUGGAAUCUUUGAGCAAGUAAAAGCAGUGCUCCCAGCCCUGAGUUUCAACUUCCAGAGGCCCCUACCACCCAUCUCAUAUUCUUUUCCAGGAAUCCCCAUUCCCUCACUAAUGUUCCUUCUAAUUUUUUUCAUCCAUGUGCAGAAUGUGUUUUGUUCUGUGCAGCAGUAUCAUGGCAGUGUGCACAGAUGUCCCUUAUGUGCCACUAUAGAUAAAAGAACGCACAUAGUGUGUGUUACCAUAAGCAUGAAAGAAGCAAUUAUAGUUUAGUUUUAUUCUUCUUUCUUUCAUGUCCAAGUGAUGUAUUUAAGACAUGUAAGAAAAUCUCACAUCUCUUGAUUUAAGCCAUGUCCUGUGGAUUAGACAUCCGAUAGUGCUGAAGGUACAACUGAUUUGCCCUCCUGGUGCUCACACUGUCUUUUACCCAAGAAACCCAAAAAAUAUUCCGAAAUGGAGACAAGCACUCCUAGCUCCGCCUGCAUGUUAGGCAAAGCAAGGCUGCAAAAACAAGUACGUAUUCACAACAAUCCGGACUGCUGAUUCAUUCACAUAAAUAUACUUAAGGCAUCCUUGGCCUCUGGCCAUUCUAGCUGGGUGCAGCAGCACACCAUGACAUGCAGGGAGUGUCAUAGGAACAUAGGAAGCUGCCAUAUACUGAGUCAGACCAUUGGUCUAUCUAGCUCAGUAUUGUCUACACAGACUGGCAGCGACUUCUCCAAGGUUGCAGGCAGGACUCUCUCUCAGCCCUAUCUUGGAGUAGCCAGGGAGGGAACUUUGAAACCUUCUCUUCCCAGAGCGGCUCCAUCCCCUGAGGGGAAUAUCUUUCAGUGCUCACACUUCUAGUCUCCCUUUCAUUUGCAACCAGGGCAGACCCUGCUUAGCUAAGGGGACAACUCAUGCUUGCUACCACAAGACCAGCUCUCCUCUCCAAGAGGAGAGUACUUUCCCUCUAGGACACCCACAGGCCAGCACAAGAAGCUUGUGUCCACCAACCUAAAGUAACUGUAAGCUGUAUGGACUGGGAAGGAUAGAAGUAUCUGAAGUAUCUGGACUCCGGAGAGAGGGAGUACAUAAACACCAUUUCCGCAUCUCCAUCAUGAGGGCUGCCUGGAAACUACAGCAUCUACCUUAACAAAGACUCAUUGGCCUGUGAGACUAAGCAAUGACUCUUCUUGCCCUGGGAAUUAAUGUAGUAUCAGAAGAAGGAGAAAUUUGGGCCAUGUUAAGAGCUUGAACUGAGCUCCAAGAGAAUAUGGAUUUGCAAACCCCAGCAAAUAGUGAAUUGUGGAAGGGAACAGAAAAAGAUCCUCGAGCCAUCCAGGCUGGGAGAGACAAGAAUCAGGAAAUAACCAUGCAGAGGAUCCUGGGAGACGUCACCACCAACACAGAUUUCCAGUGCUGGAAAUUCAGGGAGUUCCUGUACCAGAAGGCUGAGGGUCCUCGAGAGGUUUGCAGCCAACUCUACAACCUUUGCUGUCAGUGGCUGAAGCCAGAGAGACACACGAAAGCUCAGAUGCUGGACCUGGUGAUCCUGGAGCAGUUCCUGACUGUCCUGCCCCCGGAGCUGGGGAGCUGGGUCAGAGAAUGUGGAGCAGAGACCAGUUCCCAGGCAGUAGCCUUAGCAGAAGGUUUCCUCCUGAGCCAGGCAGAAGAGAAGAAGCAGGAAGAGCAGCAGAUGCAAGAGAUGUUUGCCAAAGCGGUGUCUGGUUUCCCUGGGGCAGAAGAGGCUCCGUCUGACACCACCAGGCAGAGGCUGAAUUUCAGGAGGAUUAUGCUGGAGGGAGAUGGAGCUGCCACCUUGAUGGGUGGUGAAAUGACCCUCAGGCUUCAUUCUAGGCCUUCUCCUCUUUAUGGCAGAGCAGAAGCUGUUGCUGGGCCAUCACCAGAUCAGGGACCGGUGAGCUUUGAGGAGGUGGCUGUGUGUUUCUCCGAGGAGGAGUGGGCUCUGCUGCAUCCAGGCCAAAGGGCUCUCCACAGGGAAGUCAUGGAGGAGACUUCCGGGCAUCUGGCCUGGCUGGGUAAUCAGAGGAAGAACAGAAAAAAGCAGGAAGCAUCAAGACGAAAAACCGAAGAAACAGAGGAGGAGGAGAUGGCAGCUUCUGAGUGGACCGACUUCUAUGCAAUUCCAGUUCAAGAUAAGACUAGUAACAACACUCUACGCAGAAACACCUUAAAUAAUAAAUCACACCUUAGUGCACAUCACACCGCCCAUACAAAAGUGAAAACAUAUCAAUGCACAAUGUGUGGGAAUGGCUUCAGCGAUCAGUUGAACUUGUAUAAACACCAAAAAACCCACACAGGAAAGAAACCAUGCUUGGAGUGUGGAAAGUGCUUCAGUCACGACAAUGCCCUUGCUGGCCCCCAGUGUGUCUGCAAAGGAGAGAAACCAGAUACAUGCUCCAAGUACGGAAAGAGCUUCAGUGGCAGAGAUAAGCUUCCUUCCCAUCAAGGUCACCACACAGGAGAGAAACCCUAUAGAUGCUCAGUGUGUGGGAAGACAUACUGUCGGAAGGAUAAACUUUCUGCCCAUCAAAGGAUCCACACAGGGGAGAAACCAUAUACGUGCUCAGAGUGUGGAAAGACCUUCAGUCAGAAGGACAAACUUUCUGUCCAUCAAAGAAUCCACACGGGGGAGAAGCCCUAUACAUGCUCAGAGUGUGGAAAGUGUUUCCGUCGGAAGGACAAACUUUCUGUCCAUCAAAGAAUCCACACAGGGGAGAAACUGUAUAUGUGCUCAGAAAGUGGGAAGAGUUUCAGGCAGAAGGACAAACUUUCCGUCCAUCAAAGAACCCACACAGCAGAGAAAUCAUGCUUGGAGUGUAGAAGGAACUUCAGUCACGACGAUGCUCUUGCUGGCCCCCCGUGUGUCUGCAAAGGAGAGAAACCAGAUACAUGCUUCAAGUACAGAAAGAGUUUCAGUGGCAGAGAUAAGCUUCCUUCCUAUCAAAAUCGCCAGACAGGGGAGAAACCCUAUACAUGCUCAGAGUGUGGAAAGAGCUUCAGUCGGAAGGACAAACUUUCUGUCCAUCAACGAAACCACACAGGGGGAAAACAAUAUACAUGCUCAGAGUGUGGAAAGAUCUUCAGUUACAUCUCUAACCUUACAGUCCAUCAAAGAAUCCACACAGGAGAGAAACCAUAUACAUGCUCAGAGUGUGGAAAGAGCUUCAGUCGGAAGGACAAACUUUCUGUCCAUCAACGAAUCCACACAGGGGGAAAACCAUAUACAUGUUCAGAGUGUGGAAAGAUCUUCAGUUACAUCUCUAACCUUACAGUCCAUCAAAGAAUCCAUACAGGAGAGAAACCAUAUACAUGCUCAGAGUGUGGAAAGAGCUUCAGUCGGAAGGACAAACUUUCUGUCCAUCAAAGAAUCCACACAGGGGGAAAACCAUAUACAUGUUCAGAGUGUGGAAAGAUCUUCAGUUGCAUCUCUAACCUUACAGUCCAUCAAAGAAUCCAUACAGGAGAGAAACCAUAUACAUGCUCAGAGUGUGGAAAGAGCUUCAGUCGGAAGGACAAACUUUCUGUCCAUCAACGAAUCCACACAGGGGGAAAACCAUAUACAUGCUCAGAGUGUGGAAAGAUCUUCAGUUUUGGCUAUAGCCUUACAGUCCAUCAAAGAAUCCAUACAGGAGAGAAACCAUAUGCAUGCUCAGAGUGUAAAAAGAGCUUCAGUCGGAAGGACAAACUUUCUGUCCAUCAACAAAGCCACACAGCAGGAACCAUAUAGGUGCUCAGUGUGUGAAAAGUGCUUCUAUGAGAAAGUGCAGCUUUCUGUCCACCAAUGAAUCCACACAGGAGAGAAACCAUGUCGAUGCUCAGAGUGUGGAAAGAGCUUUAGUUGGAAUGGGACGCUUUCUACCCAUCAAAGAAUCAACACAAGGUAGAAAACAUAUUCGUGCUCAUAGUGUGGAAAGAGCUUUAGUUGGAAGGACAAUUUUUCUGUCCAUCAAAGAAUCUAGACAGGUGAGAAACCAUAUACAUGCUCAGGGUGCGGAAAGAGCUUCAGCUACAACGAAAACCUUAUCUCCCAUUAGGGAUGUGCAUGGAACUGGUUUGGUGCUCCCUUCCUGGAGCCUACCUGUCAGCCCCCACCCCAUUACCUGUCACUUCCCUUCCUGGAACGCUGAACCGGCUCCAUCCCCCAGCGUUCAAACCGUUUCGGAGGGUGGGGGUGUUGCUUCCCUUAGUUUCAGAGGAUGGGGAUGCCUACCGGUCAGCCCCUGCCCUGCUGCAAGCAGGAAUGAUGUAGCCCAGCAUACCUGCAUUCCUGGAGAGCACCGUUUGCUGGGGUGUGUGUGUGUGUGGAGAGGUGGGCCAAGGGCUGACAAGUGGAUACCGCCUUCCCUGUCAUUGAAAACAAACCCACCUCUUGCCCUGCCAGGAGUGCACGGACUGGUUCCGUGCACAUCUCUGCCUCCCGCUACAUAAUCCACACAGGGGAGGAAACAUAUACAUGCUCAGAGUGUGGAAAGAGCUUCCAUCGCAACUCAAGCCGUAUCUCCCAUUACAAAGUCCACACAGGAGAGAAACCAUCUACAUGCUCAGAGCUUUUGUCAGCGGAUAAAAUUUACUUUCCACUUAAAAAAAAAACUCUCACAGAAGAGAAAGCAUAUAUUUACACAAGAAACAGAGCCCCAGGAAGAAAGCAGUCGGGAACUGACUUCCCGCUAAGCUGUGCGACUGCGCGUGCGUUCACGGAGCUCAGCCCCUCCCCUCGCAGCGAUCACGAACAGCCACUCACUCCAGCCUCACCCUUGAUGGGAAGAUUUUCCCAAAUGUUGCUCUGCCCAGUGCUCCCAGAGCCGCCGCCUCCGCGGCUGCUGCUCCUGAGUCUGCCCUUUUGCCACUGCCGACUGCUGCUCCCAAGUCCUCACGCCGCCGCCUUAGUCCCAUUUCCGCGUGGGCUCUUGCCACGGUAAGAUAUGGGGAAUAUGUCCUCCUCCUUUCUGGCCCCUUGCUCAAAAUGCAUCCCCUCACCACCACCACAACUGUUUUUACAAGAGGAGGAAAGCCGAUGACAACUUCUGGCGACGAAAGGAGGAAGGGGCAGCAAGGAGGUACGCUGCCACCCCAUGGAUUUUCCUAAAAAUGGAGUGCCGGCAGGGGAAAAGUGGGAAAAAGAGGGCUAAGUGCACCCUCCCCUGCCCUUAAGGAGCCAUCCCCGCCACCGCCAUAUCAUGGUGGAGCUGUUCCAGGAUCAAGCCUUGUAUACAAUCUGAAUGUAUGACAGUCUUAAAAGGCCUUGUUUAGAUUCUGCCUUAUUUUUAUUAUAAUUCAAUGUGAAGCAGAAAAAAGUUUUUUAAAAAACCAAUUUUAGAAAUAAAAUAGAACUGUGAAAUACAUUUCAUUCCUUACA